AUGCCGCUUUUACAGCCAGCAUUUAUGGAUUUGCAAGGCAGAGUGGGCAUACUGGGAACCAGAAAAAUGCAGCCUGGAGAUGUACUGGAACCUCUUGGGCACAGAGGAGGAUACCGAUGGAGGCACAAAGGCACAGAGAAAUCCUGGUGUGCUGGUCAUGCCUCUUUUUGGGCUCAGGCAGAGGACAAAGCCAUUUCAUAUUUACCAUUCCUUGACCCGUAUGAGACGGAUGUGCAGGAAAAUGUGUACAGCGUCUCCGUCGACGGCUACAUGAACAUGCAGCUUGCAAACACAGAGGAGUAUAUAGACGGUGCGUUGUCUGGACACCUGGGUGAAGUUCUGAUAAGGUGCAAUAAUGUUUUGUACAUCAGAGGUGUGGAAGAAGAGGAAGAAGAUGGAGAAAUGAGAGAAUAGGUGUUUUGUAUAUCUGGAAAUAAACUUUCUUUUUUUUUUUUUGUUUUUCCAUGA